AUGAGUUUAUCAUAUGGAGUUCAUAUGAGCUAUGCUAAAGCUUGGAGGUGUCGAGAGCAUGCAUUGGCUUACAUAAGAGGUACACCAGAAUCAUCAUUUCAGAAACUUCCCUCAUUUCUAUACAUGAUGGAGCAAAAAAAUCCUGGAACUGUUACUCAUUUGCAGAUGGACAAUGAAGGUAGGUUCAAAUAUUGCUUCAUGGCCUUAGGUGUUUCUAUAAUGGGGUUUAAAACAUAUAUUCGCCCAGUUAUAUGUGUAGAUGGAACCUUCUUGACUACUCGGUGUGGAGGUACUUUGUUAUGUGCCAUGGGACAAGAUGCUAAUAAGAAAAUAUAUCCAAUUGCAUUUUCAGUAGUUGACUCAGAGAAUAAUGACUCAUGGUUGUCUUUUCUACUGAGGUUGAAGGAAGCGAUUGGUGAAGUGGAGAAUCUAGUAUUCGUGUCUGAUAGACAUACCACUACAGCAAGUGCCUUGACUAAAUUUUUUCCUGAGGCACACCAUGGUGCUUGUAUACAUCUUGUUAGCAUGAAUAUACAUGCGAAGUUCAAAACUGACCAUUGCCAUGAAGAAUUCUUCCUUGCAGCGAAAGCUUAUAGAAAGCGAGAGUUUUUAUGCCAUUUUGAGAAGAUUAAAUUCAAAGAUCUUGCAAUUGCUCAAUACUUAGAGAAUCAAGUGGGUUUUGAAAAGUGGGCUCGUUCUUUCUUUCCUGGUCAUCGAUAUAAUUUAAUGACUACAGCAUCAACGACUACAGGUCGUCUUGCGAUAGAAGUGGAAGCUGAUUUGCGAAAGUUAGCAAACAAGUCCACUACCUCGUUCCCUUUUCCGUCUAGUCAGUAUGAAAUAACAGUAUUGGAUGCUGGUGCUCGAGAUCGUGGCAUUAGUCCAUAUAGUUUAUGCUCCAGAUUCUACACAGUUGAAGCGUGGUUGUCAUCCUAUGGUGGAUCUGUAUAUACGCUGGGUAAUGAAGAAUCUUGGGUGAUACCAAAUGACAUAGGAAGUAUGAUGAUAGCUCCUCCUUUAGUGAAGCAGAAGGCUGGUCGUCCAAAGAAGAAACGACAUUUAUCAAAGGAUGAGAAGAAUAGCAAACAACGUAGAUGUAGUAGAUGUGGUGUCCUGGGCCACAAUCGAGUGACGUGCACCACUGUUUGUCCCCCGCCGUCUAGACAUGCUUAG